AUUUUUCGAUUGGGAGAAAUGCAAUCGGUUGCUACUGGCCUUAGAUUUAACCCUCACAAGGCUGGUUUAGACUCGGUAAACGAAGAAGAAGCAACACGUGUCAUAGUAGACGUUUCGAAAGGAACAGAGUUUUACAAAAAUGAGGAAAGAAAGGAGAAGCUAUUGGAAAAACGAAUACUUGAAGUGACUGAGUUGGCGGUCACUUUGUCUGAACAGGACAAAAAGAGGAUAGAGAAGUUUGUCGACGAACAAUUUAUAUCUUCUUGGGAACAGGAAAGAGACUUUUCGCGAACCAUUGUACAUCUUGAUAUGGAUGCCUUCUUCGCUUCUGUUGAAGAACUUGAUCAGCCAAGUCUCAAAAGCCUUCCAAUGGCAGUUGGGAGCACGUCGAUGCUUUCAACAGCCAACUAUGAAGCUAGGAAGUAUGGAGUACGAAGUGCUAUGCCUGGUUUUAUUGCGUUGAAGCUUUGUCCACAGCUUGUUAUUGUACCACCACGUUUUAAAAGAUAUUGUCAAGUCUCUAAUCAAAUUGCCUCUCUCCUUUAUAAGUUCGAUAGCCGCGCCCACAUGAGUAUGGAUGAAGCUUACAUUGAUAUCACCGAAUACUUGAAAACACAAGGUGGAGUGGUUGAAGAUGUUGUAUCGAAAAUACGCCAAAAUAUAUUUGAAAACACGGGUAUAACCUGCAGUGCCGGAGUUGCUAGCAAUACAAUGAUAGCCAAGAUUGCAACAGAUUUAAAUAAGCCAAAUGGACAGACCAUUGUCCAACCAGACAUGGUUUGCAUUCAGAACUUUUUGAAUCCUCUCUCUGUCAGGAAGAUUCCUGGUGUUGGUCGAGUUACGGAAAAAUUGUUGUCUUCGUUGAAUAUCUUUUGUAUCCAGGACAUAAUAUCACAUCGAAGUGUUCUGUUCCACUGUAUGAGAAGGAAGACCUUUGAAUUUCUUCUUCAGUCAGCCUUAGGAAUCGCUCCUGCUUUUAUUUGUGAGUCAGAAAGUCGCAAAGGAAUGAGUAGAGAAAGAACUUUCAAACCUACAUCCUCCUUGGAAGAGCUUCGGAAAAUUUGUGAGUCUGUGUCUAAGCUACUCGCUGAUGAUUUAGAGGCAGAAGAUAUGUACGCAAAAACACUAACUCUUAAAAUCAAAUGUUCCGAUUUUUCUGUACGGACCAGAGCUGUAACAAAAUGUUUUUUCAUUUAUAGAUAUGAACAAAUUCUAGAGAAUGCCUGGAAACUGCUGUUGAAAGAAAUGCCUAUUGAAAUUCGUCUCCUUGGAGUUCGUGCAAAUGGUUUGGUUUCCAGGUCAGAAAUUCUUACCGAGCGAAGGAAUAGUUUGGAGGAAUUUAUAUCCAACAUGUUGAAACAUAGAGGAAACAAUUCCGAUGACAUUUAUGAGGAAGUGAAGGACUUUGGCACCUUAUCCCCCGCGGAACCUAUGCAUUUCAUAAAGAACAAACAGCAAGAUGAAAAGGAGCCUGAAGUUUCUUCCACUGGUGUUUGUCCUAUUUGUUUAAACUUUCGUUCUUCUAAUUAUUCUUUGUUAGAGAGGCAUGUCAAUUUUUGUAUUGAAAGACAAGAGCAGUCUUUGAAGAAAAACCCGGCCCACAAUGGGAAGCUGAAGAAACCACGAAUAUGAUGUUAUGAUGUUUAACUCGAGAUAGACUAACUCAAAUCCCUAAUCAACUGCAAUUUUUCUGUCUUCAUGGAAAUAUAUGUAUAUAUGUUAAG